CGUGCCAGCAUGGCGCCGACUGCCGCCGACGAGACGCGCCCGGCCCCGGCACCGCCGGCCGAGGCGCCUGCUCCGGCCGCCGCGCCCGCAGCAGCCGCACCGCCCAAGCUGCGUCACGGGCGCAAGCCCAUGUACGACUCUGACGCCGAGGCCGACGGCCUGAACCCGGAUGUCGAUGACGAGGAGCUCGAGCGCGGCCUCGCCGGCCCUUCGGCGGGCGGCCGCGACGACGGUGCCCGCGAGACCGAUGCGCUGCUCGGCGGCUCGUCCAGCGGCAAUGGCUCCUUCCUCUCCCGCACGCGCGCCCGCAUCGACUCGCUGCUGCAUGGCAAGAAGAGCACGCGGCGCGGCAAGCGCAGGGACACUGGUGCCGCCGCCUCGACGCGGCGCCGCUCCACCGUCGGCGCCUCGGGCUUCCGGGCGCAGCACCCGAUCCUGAUGCGCAUCAUCUAUGCGCUGCUUGCGCUCAUCGUCCUCGUCCUCGUGCUGCUUAGCGUCGCCGUGGCGCACCUCUUCACCGUCACGCUUAAGGCGCCGCAGCCGGACGCGCAGGCGUUGAUCCUCGACGAAUCGCUGCUGCUGCGCGGCCCAGACGCCAUCUCUCUGCUCAACAUCUCCGACGAGGGCAUCCUUGUUCGCGUCGACGGCCGGCUCGGCAUCGACCCGGACCGCGCGCUGGACCUGUGGCUCGGCUCGCCGCAGCAAAUGGGCUUCUGGCAGAAGCGGGAGCGCGCCGUCGUCGAGUGGGCCGUGGGCAAGCUGGGUGGCGUGCGCGUCGAGCUCGGCGAGUUGCGCAUCGCGGAGCCGGACUGGAGCCUCAGCGCCGAUCUGCUCGCUCCGCCGAAGCAGAACAACCCGGACCGCCCGCCGCAGGACCUGCUCUCGUUCCACGUGCAGCCGCUGAUCGUGCCACUGCCGCCGCUUCGUCCGCGCGCGCAUGCCAGCCUCGCUCCCUCGAAGGACCACGGCACGUACCGCGCGCACCGCGAGCUGCGGCCGCUCAACCUCACGCUGCUCUUCAAGCCCGUGUCGCCCGCGCCGCUGCUCAUGCAGGUCGCGCAGGCGGCCAUCAAGGAGGGCAAGGGCGUGCUCGACAUCAAGGUCGACUCGCUGCGCGUGCGCGGCCUCGGCAAGAAGGAGAUGGACAAGGGCGAGCCGAAGGGCGGCCGCUGGGACCUGCCCGGCUGGAUUAACAUCGGCGAGAACAACAUCCGGAAGCGCAUCAGCCAGAAGGUUCCUGAUGUCACGCACGGCAACAGCACCUCUGAGCUGCUCGAUUUGAAGCGCUACGAGUUCUUCGAGAUUGGCGCCAAGGCCGUGCAGGACGCGGCCGUGGCGAUGGCGUCGCGCGCUCUCGGCAUCAAGGCAUACGCAGAGGCAAAGAACCCGCUCGGCCGCAUGCUGCAUGGCGACGUGCGCUACAGCCUGCCGUUCGGCGCCUUCCUGCCGACCGACCCGGAGGAGGGCAAGCCGCGCAACAACAAGACGGACGUCAGCCUGCUCGCGGUGCUGGCCACGGAGCCGUUCCGCCUCACUGGCGAGAAGAACGUAUCGCUCAUCCUCGAGGGCCACGUCGUGCCGCCCAAGGAUGGUCUUGGCGGCGGCAAGAGCGCAUCAACGCAGAGCCGCGCGGGCCAGCACAUCUUUGCCGCCGGACAGGAGGAGGCGCACAAUGCCGACACGCCGUCGCAGCGCGCGCUCUCGGGCUUCCUGUCGCGCUUCCUCAGCGGCAAGCCCAACACGGUCAUGGUGCGCGGCGGCAACCCGCUGCCGCCCGUCGCCAACGAGACGAACCCGCUGCCGGGCGGCGGCUCGGCGCUGCCCGAGUGGCUCGACAGCGCGCUGCGCCUCGUCGACCUGCCGAUCAGCUUCCCGGGCUCCAAGGUCACCGAUCUCAUCAAGAAUGUCACCAUCAACGACCUCAAGAUCACGCCGCACCCGUUCGAGACGGAGAAGCUCGUGUGCUCGGGCACGGUGAUGGGCAUCAUGAACCUGCCGGGGCAGCUGGCCAGCCUCGACGUGCAGAUCACGCACCUGUGGCCUGACAUUCUCGUCUUCGACGGCAACCCACCGAGCAUGAGCGUCGCGUCGGAGGACGAGUGCCCGCCGGCGGACGCCAUCAACGACGGCAUGUACCGGCCGCACUGCCGCGGCUACGGCGGCUACGGCACAUCGGAGCACAAGCACGGCUCGCAGCCGCACGACCGGCCCGAGCCCGUGCCGCCGCUGCCGAGCCCGCUGCCCAAGGGCGCCUUUGGCCGCGUGCGCCCGCACAACUGGACGGUGGCCGAGACGUACCUCGACCCCAAGGAUCCGGAGCAGAAGACGAAGCUGCUGCGCUCGGAGCUCGUGGACGUGCCCAUCACGAUUCUCGAGGGCCGCAGCCAGGAGUUCCGCCAGUACACGUGGAAGAUCCUCACCGGCGGCGCCCUCACGGGCAUCGAGGGCAACGCACGCGCCAAGAUCUGGAACUCGGGCCUCGGCGCCCUCGAGCUCUCGAACCUGCCCGUCAAGGGCGUGUUCCAGGUCGGCGGCGGCGACAAGUGA